AUGGACCCUGGUUUAGCCGCUGUUUUGGAAAACAUGACUAGGGAGCUUAAAGAGAUUAAGGCAAAGGAAGAUAAGUGUGAGCAUUGCCGAGGGGGUCACGAUACAAAUGCGUGUCCGUUGCUAGUUGGUGAGGAGCAAGUUGAUUUUGUGGGAGGGGGUCAAGGUAGAGGUCAACCUAUUGGGUUUGGUAAUUUUAAUUCGGGUUGGAGAAAUAGUAAUAAUUUUGCUAAUAAUAACAAUUUUCGCUCAAAUGGACCUCCUGGUUUUCAAAUAGCUCAAAAUCCAAAUAGGGGUCAAGGUUCAUUCUUUGGUGGGGGUUCAAAUGGGCAGUUCAACAAAGGGUUCAAUGGUGGCAAAACCGUAGGGAACCCUAGAGUUGAGGAGAGAGUAGUUGAGGAAGAGGAUGAGAUUGUAGAUGAAGAGAUAGAGAUGGAGGCUCCCGGCAAAGUGCAAACGAGGCUAAGCCUAGCAAGUACCGCACAGCCCGGUGAGUCUCAAGGUGAGAAGAUGGUAGAGAAAACACCCGUAGAUGUUAGGCCUUCACCUCUAGUAGACCAUUCGUCUGUCUUGUUUCCUACCCGUCUUUGCAACCAAAAAUACUCAAGGGAAUACGGGCAAUGCUUAGAUAUCUUCAAGCAAUUGAAGAUUAAUCUUCCUUUUAUCGAGGCACUUCAGUCCAUGCCUAAGUAUGCUAAAUUUUUAAAGGACCUUCUUAGGAACAAAGAGAAGUUAAGGGAGUUGUCUAAUGUCCCGUUGAAUGGAGGGUGCUCGGCAGUUGUUUUAAAUAAGCUUCCCGAAAAGCUUACCGAUCCCAGUAUUUUUACUAUUCCUUGUCUAUUCGGUAGUAACACCAACACUAGAGCCUUAGCCGAGUUAGGUGCUAGCAUCAAUUUGAUGCCCUUUUCUCUUUAUGAGAAGCUAGACCUAGGAGAGCUUUCACCUACCCGAAUGACACUAUCCUUAGCCGAUCGGUCCGUUAAAUACCCUAGGGGCAUAGUUGAGAAUUUGCUAGUUAAUGUAGACAAGUUUGUGUUUCCCGCCGAUUUCGUCAUUCUCGACAUGGAAGCGGAUGAGAGAGUUCCCAUUAUCCUUGGUCGUCCAUUCUUACGUACCGCCAAAGCACUCAUAGACGUUCAUGAUGGUAAGAUCACCCUUAGGGUCGGUGAGGAGAGUGUCACCUUUGAGAUAGAGCGUUCCAUGAACCACCCGAGUGGUUCUGAUGACUAUAGUGGCCCUUGCCAUUCUGUUUACUUCUUGAACUCUUUUAUCUCAUGUGUCGAUUAUUGUUUAGAGUAUUUUAGCGGUGCGGGCCAAGUGGUAGGAGAGAAGGUAGAAGAGGAGUUGAUGAGGGUAGAUGAAGUUAAAGAGAAGGGGAUUCCUUUAGUUCCCGAAGUGUUAGCCGUUAGUGAGGACACCACCCAACCCCCACCCUUAGAGCUUAAGGUACUUCCAUCGCAUUUAGAGUAUGCUUUCUUUGGGGAGGCAUCCGAGCUACCUGUCAUUAUCUUGUCAAAAUUGGAAGAGGAAGAGAAGUUGAGAUUGUUGGAGGUGUUGAGGGCCAACAAAGAGGCCAUUGCAUGGAGGUUGUCUGACAUCAAGGGCAUAAGCCCUUCUUAUUGCACCCACCGAAUACUCAUGGAAGAUGAUUAUAAACCGGUGGUGCAACUACAAAGGCGGCUCAACCCCAACAUGUAA